CAUAGUGAAGCUAAGCAGAGCAGAGGAAGUCUAAACCUCCUGCAGACUUGAGGCUACGAAACGAGCAUCUCUGAAGAAACUUUGUAGUGCACAAAAGCAACAAGGGCAAGACCAGCCAGCAAAAGGCACCUGAAAAUCUAGUUGGGCUGAUUUAUCAGCUGUCAACCCGAACUCCAUGCAGAGAAGUAUUGACAAAAAAACAGUAACAGCUGCAUUUGUAUAUAAAUGCAGAUAGGUAAUUUAUGGAGUACAAAAACUAUUCAUAAAUUCAAUUAAAACAUGACGUCUGAAAAUCAUCACCCUGAAGAAUACAGGAUCGCAUCAUUAGUCUUCUACAGUUUUGUAUUCACAGUGGGAUUGCUGGUGAAUGCCACUGCACUAUGGGUUUUCAGCUGCACUACCAAGAAGAGAACAACUAUAACUGUGUAUAUGAUGAAUGUGGCAUUACUUGACUUAAUUUUUAUAUUUUCCUUGCCUUUUCGGAUAAUCUACCAUGGGAAAGAGAUAUGGCCUUUUGGAGAUGAAUUCUGUCGGAUUAUCAGUGCCUUCACUGUUUUUUAUCCAGCCAUCGCUCUAUGGUUGCUUACUUUUAUAAGCGUAGACAGAUUUAUGGCUAUUGUCCAGCCCAAACAUGUCAAAGAACUAAAAAAUACAAAAAAAGCUCUGUUGGCUUGCACUUUAAUCUGGGUAAUGACCCUUGCAACAACUUCCCCACUGCUGUUUUUAUCUUCGGAUCCAGAUAAAGCCUCAAAUUUUACCACCUGCAUUAAGAUGCUUGAUAUCAUCCACCUAAAGGAAGUGAAUACAUUAAAUUUUUCUCGUUUGAUUUUUUUCUUCUUAAUUCCUUUGCUUAUCAUGAUGGGAUGUUACCUAGUCAUCAUUUACAAUUUUAUCCAUGGCAGAACUUCCAAACUGAAGCCUAAGGCCAAGGAGAGAUCCAUUAGAAUUAUAAUUACUUUAAUUGCUCAAGUACUCCUCUGCUUUGUACCCUUCCAUGUUUGCUUUGCCUUCCUGAUGUUGCGGGAUGAAGAUACAGCUUACAACCCCUGGGCAGCCUUUACCACCUUUCUCAUGAAUCUCAGCACAUGCCUGGAUGUUAUACUGUACUAUAUUGUUUCUAAGCAAUUUCAGGCUAGAGUCAUCAGUGUAAUCCUUUAUCGAAAUUACCUUCGAAGUGUGCGCAGGAAAAGUUUUCGAACUGGAAGUGUAAGAUCACUCAGUAAUUUGAACAGUGAAAUGAUGUAAGAGAAAAAAAAUGUCAGUGGAAUUUUAUCAUGUGAACAAGUGAUUCUUUUUCUGAAUUCUAGCAUUUUGACUACACUGAACAAUGUUCUGCAGCCAGAAGUAAUAGAUGUAUUGGUUGUACUGUAACUAUGAGUCAAACAGAA